AUGGAUACUUACACUGGCAGUGUCAAACCCGAGCUGAGGAUUCAAGAACUCACUGCAGAAAAGGUCAAAUUUAUACUUACAAAUGUGGAUCUGAGCAUGGCAAAUGCUCUGAGACGCAUAAUGCUUUCUGAAAUAGCUACCAUAGCUAUUGAUAUGGUGGAAUUUGAACUAAACACCUCUGUGUUAGCGGACGAAUUCAUUGCACAUCGUUUGGGUUUAAUACCAUUAGACAGUACUGAGGCAGAAAAAAUCAAAUAUUCCAGGGCAAAAUGUAGUGUUGAAUUAAAUAUGCAUGUGAAGUGUACAGAAGAAGAUAUUACCAAAGACGUUACUAGUCGAGAUCUUGUCAGCAGCGAUCCACGUUUUACGCCCAUUCAAGAAGGACCAAAGGAUCCAGGCAUUCUGAUUGCUAAACUUCGCAAAGGUCAAGAAAUUAAAGUGAAAUGCAUUGCCAAGAAGGGUGUUGCAAAAGAGCAUGCUAAAUGGAGUCCUUGCGCUGCUGUUGCUUUUGAAUAUGAUCCAUUUAAUAAACUUAGGCAUACAAAAUAUUGGAUUGAAGAGGACGAACAGAGAGAAUGGCCGGCGAGCAGAAAUGCAGCAGAAGAUUUUGCGCCAGGGGACGGUGAAGCAUUCGAUUUCAAUGCCAAACCGAAUAGAUUUUAUUUUGAAGUUGAAACCAUCGGAUCUAUGAAACCUGAAGAUAUUGUUAUGAAUGCUUUUAAAAAGUUGUUGGAAAAAAUUUCAUCAAUUCAGAUGG